CAACACCUUGUCAAAAAUGUUUUUUAAAAAUAAUAUGUUUUCAAACAGAACAAUGCACCUUGCCUAACACUAAAAAGCAUAUUGAAAACAAUUUCAUCUGUUAAUUUUAUAAACCUAUUUAUUUUUCCCAUAUUAUUAGAAGUUUAUUUAUUUAUUCAAGAGCAUGAAAAUGCUUUCAUCGAAAUCAUUCGUACAUAUGUUUACAUUAAUUAUGCACAAGUCUGUGUCCUAUAAAUACCUUUGUGUUUAAAAUUUUAAAAAGUUAGUCAGUUGAAGCACAGAUUAUAUUAAAGCUAUUAAUUACCGACAGUAUGAGUGCAGAGAAAAUUGAUAAUUCAAGAUGGAAUUCAAAAUUUUUGAAUCUUUUCCUUUUGAAAGGUGCAAUUCAUGGGUUACCUUAUGUUGGUAAAGCAACGCUUACGUUAGUAGAAAGAGUUGUAUGGCUGAUUUUACCAUUGAUAGCACUUUACUGCUCAAUACAUUUGGCAUUAGAAUCAUUAGAUAGAUUCAAUACUAAAAGUACAGUUAUAUCUAUUGAGAGGGACUAUCAUUAUUGGAAUACCACCAUUCCCAGUGCAACCAUUUGUCCAAUGGAAAGAAUAAGCUUGGAAAAGUUCAAUGCGUUUUACAGUGAUACAAACAUGACGGAUGUAGAAAAAUCUGAACUUUUUGACUUCCUUGAGUCACUGGCUAAUGCAUCGUAUUUUAAUUUUAAUAAUAUAAAGGAAUAUCCCAGUAUUGAGAAGCUUAAUAUCGAUCCAAUGGACUACAUGGAACUUAUUUACAAUCUCACUGAAAACUACAUUGAAUUACCAAUUGAUAAUAUCAAGACCGUAUCCGAUUCUUUUUUUAUAUACUCUCAGCAAAUCCUAACAGAGUGGGGAAUCUGCUAUUCCACAAAUAAUUACCUUAUAGAAAAAUUAUCAACAACGAAUCUAUUAUUUGGUGAAGAACCCCCUAAAAAUGUUUAUGAAGAUACUGAAAAUUUCCACAAAACACUGAGUAUGAAUGUAUUUGAUGGAGAGGCUACAUUUAAUUUUAUGGGAUUUAAAGGAUCAAUCGAGAUUUAUGUUCAUGGAGCAUAUGAAGUGAUGAAUUUCGAGAGACGGCUAGGUCCAACCCAAAUACCCUUCGAAGUCACAGUUCAGGUUUAUGAUAUUACAGCUUCGGAUGAUUUUGGAAAGUCAACAACAGUUGAGCAGAGAAAAUGCCGAUUUCCACAUGAAACGAACUUAACACAUUUCCCCAUAUACACGAGAAAUCUUUGCUACCAAGAGUGUCGAAUAAACUUGGCUUAUAAAUUAUGCAAAUGCAUCCCUCACUUUUAUCCAAACCGUGGUGCAUUAAAGCCAGUGUGCCACUUUAAAGUCCUAAAAGAUUGUCUCUUCCGACAUGGAAGAAUAUUUGAAAACUUAAAUGAAAUAAAGAAUUUAUCUUUGGAUAUUCAUUCGAUCAAAUGUAACUGCUUACAAAACUGCAGAAGCUCAGAAGUUCUUGAAAAGAUAUGGAAGCCUCUAACACAAUCGGAUGAUCUUAUAACAAAAAACGGAAUAAUUGUAAUAAUGAAAACGUAUCCAAAUAUCCGUUAUAGAAGACAGAUCAUUUUUACACUGACAGAUUUAUUAGUAUCUAUUGGCGGUACUGCAGGAUUUUUCCUUGGCUCUAGUGUUUUGAGUGUUGUGGAGAUUAUUUAUUAUUUCACAUUUCGUUGGAUAUGGCACUGCUUGGGUUUUGAAGAAUAAAAACUAUAAAAGAAUUAAAUAAACAAAUUUAUAUUUUGUACAUUUUAACCACCUACACCUACUAGAAUUGACGAAGUCACUACUUUUAUUAAAUUUUCCGAUCAAAAAUAUUCAAAAGCUACAUAUUAUGUACUUAUUAUAAAUUAUCAAUAAAUUAAUGUUUGUAUUUUACUAUAAA